AUGGCCUACUCCACUCUGUCCGUCUGCUCCAGCGACCUCAGCUACAACACCCGGGCUUGCCUGCCCGAGGCCUGUGAACCCUACGCCCCCUCCUGCCUGGGGGAUGACUGCCCGGAGAACUGCUGUGAGCCCCCCUGCUGCGGCCCCUCCUGCUGCGGCCCUUCCUGCUGCGGCCCCACUCUCCUCUGCACCCCCAGCUGCUGUCCUUCCAGCUGCUGUGCCCCAAGUUGCUGUGCCCCAAGUUGCUGUACUCCCAGCUGCUGUACCCCGAGCUGCUGUGCUCCCAGCUGCUGUGCCCCAACUCUCCUCUGCAGCCCCAUGAGCUACUGCUGUGUGUCCCUCUGCUGCAAGCCCAUGUGCUGCACUCCAGUUUGCUGCAAGCCCAUGUGCUGCACCCCAGUCUGCUGCAAGCCCAUGUGCUGCACCCCAGUCUGCUGCAAGCCCAUGUGCUGCACCCCCGUGUGCUGUGGGUGUUCCCCCUGCCAGGCACCUUCGUGCUCCCCCUGCUGCAAACCCUGCUCCAGCGUGUCCCUCAUCUGCCAGCCCACGUGCAAGCCUGCCUGCUGCGCCCCCUCGCCCUGCUGCCAGCCCAGCUGCUGCCGCUCGGGGUCCAGUGUGUCCCUGCUGUGUCGGCCGGCCUGUAAGCCUGCCUGCUGCUGA